GGGGUCCCGAGUGCAGGCACCGGUGAGCAUCUCAUAUGCAUCUUGCAGUCAAGCUGCAGCUGGUGAGGGGAAUGAAUGACGGGUACACUACGUGACGCGAUUCUUUUGUUUAUCUUUUUCGUGUAGGUACAUAUAGCUCAUUGCUCCCGCUCCUUAUUUACUCUGUUCAACUGCAUAUUGACCUGUUGUGUUGUUGCAAAAUACCGACAAAAUGCCCUCCUUUGAUGAAAAGAAAGCUUACGUUGAGCAAGAAGAAACGUUCUUCGACGAUGGGCGUGAGAUUGAGCUUCUGCACUACAUCUAUGGUCGGUCAGACAUUGAUGAGCUGCGAGGCUCGCCGGAGCGUGUCCUUCAAGCCAUUGAUGAGUUUGGACGUACGAAGAAGUAUCUCAUGAACGUGGGUGAGGACAAGGGCAAGAUUGUAACAGAUCUGAUCGCUGAAGUGAAGCCCAAAGUCAUGGUUGAACUUGGAGGCUACGUUGGCUACUCAACCCUCCUCUUCGCCAACGCCGUCCGCAAAUCCGGGGGCACACACUACUUCUCCCUCGAGCGCAACCCCGAAUUCGCCGCCGUCAUAACUUCCCUUCUCGACCUCUCAGGCCUGCGCGACAUCGCCCGCGUGAUCGUCGGUCCCAGCGACGCAGGCCUAGCCCGCCUCCACGCCAACGGGACAAUCUCCAAGAUCGACCUCAUGUUCCUCGACCACUACAAGCCCGCGUACACCAGCGAUCUUAAGCUCUGUGAGAGAUUGGGUCUCGUAGGACCGGGUAGUGUUCUGGCGGCUGAUAACGUCAUCAAGCCGGGGAAUCCACCGUAUUUGGCGUAUGUGAGGAGUAGUGUUGCGGAGAAGCGUGCGGCGAAGGGGGGGGAUGAGAAGGAGGGGUUUGCGGAUAGAACUGCGAAACAGUAUGCGAAGAGGGAGGGGGAGGAGAAGAUUAAUGAGGAGGAGGGGGAUCCGAAUCUGGUGUAUGAGAGUAAGUUGGUUCAUAGCUUUGAGCCGACCGGUGUUCCUGUGAGUACCCCCAUGCAACCACUGUCAUUACUCUCGCUAACAAUUGAAGGACGCUGUCGAGAUUACAAGAUGCACUGGUCGCGAAGAUUAGAACUCUUUACCUACCGAUCAAUAGAAUCGACUCCAGCGUCUCGCGAACUCUAA